AUGGCUGCCUUCGGCUCAUUCUCCAAGCCCCUCGGUAGGCUCGGACAAGAGACCUUCCUCAAGACCUUGACAGCGACCCCAUCCAGGACACCAUCAGGAAGACAACCGGAAGCUCAUGGCCAUCACUACCGACAUCCGGCCGACCAGCCGCCACCUGGGUGGUACCGGGGCCGCGGCGGGCAAAGCGUUGCUGUGACGACGGACGAGCGCGUGAUCCAGGUGGGCGGCAGCCUGUACCUGCGCAGCGCCCAGCUGGAGGACUCUGGCCGCUACACCUGCGUCGUCAACAACAGCGUGGGCAGCGAGCGCGCCUCCACCUCGCUGCUCGUCACCAAGCAGCUGUCGGCCUACAUGAGCCCGCAGGUGCAGGUCGUGGACGUGGGGAAGACGGCGCUGUUCAACUGCACGACGGACGGCCACCCCAAGCAGUCGGUAGUCUGGCUCAAGGACGCGCAGCUGCUCACCCCCUCCAGCAGGGUGCGCCUGCUCGCCUCAGAGACGCUGAAGAUUGUACACGUGGAAAGAUCAGAUAGGGGAAUGUACCAGUGCGUCGUGUCCAAUGCGGAAGAAACGGCCCAAGGGACGGCUCAAUUGAAGCUCGGUGACGCGGCGCCGGUGCUGCUGCGCACGUUCGCGAACGCGACGCUGGCGCCCGGCUCUGCGUGGUCGGCGCAGUGCGAGGCGUCGGGCUCCCCGGCGCCCGCCGUCUCCUGGGCGCUGGACGGCGCGCCGCUCGAGUCGUCGCCGGGCGGGGAGCGCGUCGCCGUCAGCAACCGCGUCACCGCCGACGGCGUCCUCAGCUACCUCAACGUGUCCGCCCUGGCGCCAGAGCACGGCGGCCGCUACGCCUGCUCCGCCACCAACGCCGUCGGCUCCGUCACGCACCAGGCGUACCUGUACGUGCUUGGCCCACCGUACAUCAAACCGAUGCAGGACAGGAGAGUAGUUGCCGGAACGACUGUCACGUUCAACUGCUACGUCACGGGGUACCCAAUCAGCAGCAUUUACUGGGAGAAAGAUGGAAGACCCCUCACCGAUACCCACCGUCAAACCCUGUUCCCAAACGGAACUCUUCUAAUAAACGACGUUCGUAAAAUGGAUGAUGAAGGAGGAUACGUCUGCGUAGCAAGAAAUCCAGAUGGGGACACCGCCAGGAGGAAACUGAAUGUUCAAGUUAUGGAAGCUCCAGAGAUAGACCCGAUAAUGGUGAAACCAAAUCUUCAAAGAGGAAUGCGAAUCCAUCUGACGUGUAUAAUCAGUAAAGGAGAUUUUCCUGUGGCAAUUCACUGGCUAAAAGACGGAAAAGCGGUUCCUCACGGACAAAGCAUCACCGAAAAGACUAUAGAUGAUUACUCAAGCACUCUGAGCUUCAACGGACUCGUAGUGAAGCAUUCUGGAAACUAUACCUGCCAAGCAUCGAAUGCGGCAGCCGUCACUAAUUACACAGUAUCAGUAGUAGUGAAUGUCCCUCCAACAUGGCGGCAUGAGCCUAACGACACAGAGGUUGUGCUAGGGAGCAGCCUCAUGGUGGACUGUGCAGCGGACGGGUCGCCCUUACCAAGUAUCCUCUGGAGGAAGGAGUCUCCAGUACCAAGGUCUCCAUUCCAAAACAUCCAAAGAGCUGAAAAUUUCAAAGUUCUUGAGAAUGGGAGCCUAUGGAUACAGCAUGUACUUCUAGAGGACAAAGGUUACUAUGUCUGUGAAGCUAGUAGUGGCAUCGGGCUUGGUUUGAGCAAGGGAAUCUACAUCACCGUACAUGUACCAGCAAGAUUUUCCUCGGAAUUUCGUAAUGUAACUGCGAAGAAAGACAGCACUGCAAUACUGGACUGUGUAGCCGAGGGAGAUAAGCCAUUAAAAGUGCAGUGGAUUCAAGCAAACCGCUUAGUCCAACCGAAUCACGUUAAACUAGAUAUCAAGGAGGAGCAUUUAGAUUUUGGACUGCGUUCAAAAAUGACAAUAAAGCAUGUUCAACGGGACGACACUGCUACCUGA